AUGUGUCGUACGGCUUCCGCAUUAUUAACAAAAUGCGCUAUUCAAAAGUUAUCUGCAAAGGAAGGCAACAAAAGAGAGCGCAGAAGGCUCAAAAAAAUCUUCAAAGAGCUUUCUAGCCGAUGUGCCCUUCUUGAUCCUGGCAUAGAUAGAGACGGAUUUUUACGAUUUACUGAGCUCCCAGGGCUGUUAGGUGAGCAACUUUUCAGUGCUUUAGACAGGAAUGGAGAUGGCCGAAUUGAUAUAAAAGAAUUCUUAAGAGGCAUGCUGACUCUUUAUAAAGGGACAAUAGAGAGUAAAGCUGAGCUAUUAUUCAAAAUAUUCGAUUUUAGUAAAAAUGGCGAAAUCACAUCAGAAGGAAUCCUCUUUAUAAUUUCUUACCUUCCGACGACUUGCUCAAAGUGCCAAAAAAAGCUGGUGGUUCAUUGAAAUUUAAAAGAAAAAAUAAAAGAGCUCUUUGAUGGAAAAGAGUUUAUUCAAUUGGAGGAGUUUAAAGAAUUAAUUUUAACUCAUAGUGAAAUCGGUGAGCUCGUUCUUCAAUGCAUCUCAAACGCGCUUCCAAUAAUCGUUGAUGAGUGCUUACUUCCCAAUCGACUUGUCUGUGAAUCCCACUUAGAAAUCACUGAAGGAAUGCUAGGUUUCAAAGGGAGAACUUAUUAUUUUCAGCUGAAAAACCAAAGCUUGUAUUACUCAACUCUCAAAGAAGAUAUUUCAAACCCAACUGGAAUCAUCCUUAUUAAAGAUCUCUUUGUCGAAGAGAAUGGUCCUUUGGGCUUUGUACUUCGGAACUCAAAAUUCCGCUAUGAAAUCAGCACAUUCUCACUUGAGCAACGAGACGAGUGAAUCCAAACAAUCAAGCAAGCUAAUUGUUUCAAAAAUUUUUAUGAUGACUAUGAAAUCCUUGAUCAAAUUGGAAAGGGAGCUCAUGGUGACGUAAGACUUGCCCUAUCUAAGCAUAAUGGGAAAAUCUUCGCUGUCAAAAUUAUUUCAAAAGCUCCUCUUGACGAUCUUGCUGAAACUCGUCUUCGUCGUGAAAUUGGGAUUCUCAAGCUUUGUAAGCAUGAAGGUCUUUUAGAACUUAAAGAUAUCUAUGAGACUGCUGAUAUGCUUUAUAUUGUCACCGAUUAUAUUUCUGGAGGCACUCUGUUCAAUUGGAUGAAGAAAAGGAAUUUCAGGAUUGAGGAAAAUGCAGCUAAUUCUCCUCCUUAAAUCGAACAAAUAUUUGGCAAUUUCGAUUUUUUGGCAUGCCUUUAAAUUGGAAAAUAUUGAAAUUUUUUAUAAAUUAAAUUUUAUAUGGAAAUAUUUUGAUACUGAUUUAAUGUUGCUAAAAUAAAAAAAUUUACUGAUAGCUUUUUCUUCUAUAAAUGUAUGAGUACACUUAGAAUAUUAUUAAAACAAAAUAAAUAUUAUGAAUCGGUGAAUUUUAUAAUUAGCUUUUCAUGAAAAUUAAUUUGGCCUUCUUUAAAUUGGGAAAAUCUUUUUUGUUCUACUUUAAAGAUGGGAGAAUAAACAAAUAAUAAAAGAAAUCGCAAGUGCUCUUCAAUAUUUGCAUUCUCAUGGAAUAAUUCAUAGAGAUAUCAAGCUUGAAAAUGUCCUUGUCCAAAGAGCUCCAAAUGGUGGUGGAGGUAUUCGAGUAAAAAUCAUUGAUUUUGGCUUAAGCUGCAUGCUAGGCCCAGGUCAAAAUUCCAUUGAGUCAGUUGGUACCUUAAAAUACGCUUCUCCAGAAGUCCUUUCAACAAUCCCUUAUAGACACUCUCCUGAUGCCUGGAGUUUAGGAGUAACUGCUUUUAUUCUUCUUGCAGGGAAAAUGCCAUUCUAUGGGAAAAGUGAUCAAGAAAUAGCAUCAAGAAUAAUAAACAAAGAUAUAGAAAUGAUUGGAGAACAUUGGGAAGGUAUCAGUUCAGAGGCAAAAGAUAUCAUCAGAUCGCUGCUAGAUAAAAAUCCUAAAGGAAGAAUGACUAUUGAAGAUUUACUAAAAAGCGACUGGCUCGAAGAAGGAGAAAUUGAUAUCAGCAAAGAUGUAGCCGAAUUAUCUUGGGAGAUAAUAUAG